AUGGAACUCCUACGUCACAUUGGUAUCUUGUUUGAAAAUGACAUAACCUUAUCAGACACUAUACUUAAACUCAGAGGGUUGUUUAUUUUAUAUAUUCUUUUUGUUGUAAUUACAGGUUAUAAUAUUUUAUCGAUAGCAUGUUCUAUCUGUUUCUGUUUAUUUUGCGAAAGUACAAAUAGUUUAAAGAGAGCAGCAGCAGCACUGUUUUGGGAUCUAUGUCUCUACUUCAUGGUACGUAUAAAUGAGCAUAUGUAA